UUAAAUCUUGUUUUUCAUAAGGUAAAUAUGAGUAUUUUCUUACGCAUAUUUUGUCCGUGUAAACGGUCCGAUCAUUGGAAACCCGAAGUUAUCGAUACAACUAAUGAAGAUACUAAAAGAUCCAUUAAAAACGCUAACAAAAAUGAAAAUUCAAUUAGAAAUGACACAGUUAAUAAAAAUCAUGAAUCCGAUACGCCAACAAAUCAAACACAGGUCCAAGUUGAAGUUAUAAAAAAUCCAGAUGAUAACUGCAGUAAGCCAGUUAAAACAGAAGACGAAAGUAUUGAUUCGAGUAAUGAAAAAGCAGAAAGACGAUUAACAUCCGAAGAGUUAAAAGAUAUAGAGCGUCGUGGUGGUUUCCGCGCUCGCAAAAUCGAUUUCAAUAAAGAAAUUCCAAAGCACAGCAAAUCUAAAGCAGAUGAGCACAUAAUAGAAACAGCAAUUAGUAACAAUGAAUUUCUUUGCAAUAUCUUCAAAGGUGUACAGCUUCAGGCUAUUGUUAGUGCAAUGUAUCCUAGGGAAGUAUCUCCUGGAGAAAUAUUAAUAAAACAAGGAGAAGAUGGUGAUAACUUAUUUGUUUCCGCCGAGGGCCGUUAUGAAAUUAUUAUUAAUGGCGAAUUAUAUAAUUCAUUCAAUGACUCCAGAAUAUUCGGAGAACUUGCGAUACUCUAUAACAACAAGCGUUUGGCAACGAUUAAGGCAGUGACAAAAGGUCGAGUUUGGAUUCUUGAUGGUCAAGCGUAUCUACAGAUCACAGUUAAAAACGCCCUUGCUGAAGAGAAAGAACUGCUCUCAUUUCUCAGGAAUGUCCCAGCCGUGAACAAGGCAAAUGAUCAAAAAUUGAAACAGAUUAUUAAUUUAUUAAAGCAAGACUUUUUCCAAACAAAUACUGAGAUCGUAAAACAAGGAGACAAAGGAGAUAAAUUUUAUAUCAUAAAAGCUGGUACUGCAUGUGUAAGUAUCGAUGGUAAAGGACAAGUAGCCACAUUAAGCAGAGGCCAAUUUUUUGGUGAACGUGCUUUACUACAAGAAGAUUGCAGGCAAGCAACAGUCACGGCCGAUUCGCCUGGCGUUGAAUGCUUAAGCUUGUGCAGACAAGAUUUUAUCGAUUAUUUGGGUGAUUUGAAAGCAUUUAUUGAUAAAGAUGAACCUGACCAGACUCAUACAGACAACGUAAUCAUUUCUAACGAAUAUAGUGAUCUAAAACUUACAGAUUUGGAUCUUAUAACUACUUUAGGUAUAGGAGGAUUUGGGAGAGUGGAGCUUGUCCAACAUAAAGAACGUCCAGAUUUUGUAUUUGCUUUGAAAUACUUGAAGAAAAAGAAUAUGGCUGAAGAGAGGCAGCAUGCAUUUAACGAGAAAAACAUUUUAUUAUCAUGCGAUAGCUGUUUCAUCAUUAAGCUUUACAAAACGUUCCAAAACCAAAAGUAUUUGUAUUACUUAAUGGAGAGUUGUCUGGGAGGAGACUUAUGGGGAUUGCUGCAAAAGCAAAAAGGUCGCUGCUUUGAUGAAAGUAAGGCAAAAUUCUUAACCGGUUGUGUCAUAGAAGCUAUAGCACAUUUACACGGACGCAAUAUCGUUUACCGGGAUUUGAAACCUGAAAAUAUGUUAAUCGACAACUUUGGAUAUGUCAAGUUGAUAGAUUUUAGUUUCGCCAAGCAUCUUAAGAACGGCGAGAAAACUUUUACGUUCGUCGGAACUCCGGAAUACGUCGCACCAGAAAUUGUGUAUAAUCGUGGUCAUGAUAAAUCCGUGGAUUACUGGGCUUUAGGAAUUUUCAUUUUUGAGUUACUUGUGGGCAAGACGCCAUUCCGAUCAAACGAUCCCAGUUUCAUGAAAACAUACACUUUGAUUAUAAAAGGUAUUGACAAUGUUAUGUUUCCUAGUCGAAUUCCCAAAACGGCUCAACAACUUAUUAGGAAAUUAUGCAAAUCGAUUGCCAGCGAACGUUUAGGCAAUCAAAGAAACGGAAUUGAUGAUAUAAGAAACCAUAAAUGGUUUGCUGAUUUUGAUUGGAAGAAAUUACGAGAAAGAAAAUAUUCCAAAGUUCCGUAUGUGCCCAAAUUGAAAAAUUCCACUGACACCAGCGCAUUUGAUAAAUUUCCAAAAGACGAGGAUAUUCCAUCUGAUGUAGAAGACGAUAUUUGGAAUGGCUUUUAAUUGUUAUAAGUAGA